GCCUCCACAGGCUUAAACCCAAACUUCUACUUCCCUCCUUCAACUUUCCUUCUUCUCUCUCUCUCUCUCACAACAGUUUAUGUAGUUUCUCUUGUCACAUCUUUAAACUUGUAGGGAAAGAACAAAUAUCCGAACAAACCAAACCAACCUCAUCAUCUUAUAUUCUCUUAACCUCUCUCUACAUAUCUCGCACUAACAUUUUUUUUUUUCUCUCUCUCUUGAGUCUUAACCAAACCAUGGAGGAGACAGAGGAGUCCACUAAUGCUAAUCAGAAGUUCACUACCAAAAGAAGGAGCUUCAGGAAUGGAGGAAACUCUCAUGAGCAUCAUCAUUAUCAUCACCAUCACCACCACCAUCAUCAUCAUCACUUUCAGCACCAUAAUCAGCUGCUACAGUACUCAACUCAGCUUGGUUUGUGCAACAACCAGAACAAGUAUCAAAGAUACUAUCCAGCUCUUCUUCCUCUACCUUCUCUUAUACCUCUACAACAACUUCCUUUGACUCCACCCUUCCCUCAAAAUCACACCAUCGUGUCAAAAUCUCAUUUGCACAAGCCUCCAUGCAAACUCAAUAGCUCCCCCUCCUCAGAUUACAAGCUCUCUCAGCCACCACUUGCUCCUGCUGAAAAGGAACUUCAGCAGCAAGCUAAGCCAUCCUUUAAAGGAGAUGAUGGGAAGAAAAUGAUUCCAGCAAGGAAGCCACAGGCAGUAAUUGUUGCAAGGAGGCCAGACUCUGGUGGCCAAGAAGGUUCUGUGAUCUCUCUCCUUGCCAACCACUUUUUGGUACAGUUUGAUCCAUCACAGAAGAUAUAUCAUUACAAUGUUGAAAUCACUCCUCAUCCCUCCAAGGAUGUUGCAAGAGCAAUCAAACAAAAGUUGGUAAACAACAAUUCUGCAGUACUCUCAGGUGCUAUUCCAGCAUAUGAUGGGAGAAAGAAUCUUUAUAGUCCAGUUGAAUUCCAAAGUGACAAGCUUGAGUUCUACAUAAGCCUCCCAAUCCCCAGUAGCAAGUUGACACCACCUUAUGGAGAAAUGUCUGACUUGAAAGAGAAGCAUGAGCAGCUUAAACUCUUCAGGAUAAAUAUCAAACUGGUGUCAAAGAUCAAUGGGAAGGAGUUGACUAACUACUUGAGCAAAGAGGGUGAUGAUUGGAUUCCACUUCCACAGGAUUAUCUACAUGCUUUGGAUGUAGUUCUUAGGGAAAGUCCAACUGAGAAGUGCAUAUCUGUAGGGAGGUCAUUCUAUUCAAGUUCAAUGGGAAGAAGCAAAGAUAUUGGUGGAGGAGCUGUUGGAUUGAGAGGCUUCUUUCAGAGCCUUAGACCAACACAACAAGGACUUGCUCUCAAUGUGGAUUUCUCAGUAACUGCUUUCCAUGAGAGCAUAGGAGUGAUUCCAUACUUGCAGAAGCGCCUCGAGUUUCUUCGAGACCUUUCUCACAGGAAGACCGCUCAAUUAAGUGGUGAAGAGAGGAAGGAAGUAGAGAGGGCGUUGAAGAACAUCAGGGUCUUUGUUUGCCAUAGGGAAACUGUUCAGCGAUACCGUGUCCAUGGCUUGACUGAGGAGGUUACUGAGAACCUUUGGUUUGCUGACAGAGAUGGAAAGAAUCUGAGGCUGGUGAACUACUUUAAAGACCACUAUAACUACGACAUACAAUUCAGAAAAUUGCCAUGCUUGCAAAUUAGUAGGAGUAAGCCUUGUUAUCUCCCUAUGGAGCUUUGUGUGAUCUGUGAAGGCCAGAAGUUCCUUGGGAAACUAUCUGAUGAUCAAACAGCAAAAAUACUCAAGAUGGGUUGCCAAAGACCGGGAGAACGAAAAGCCAUUGUUGAAGGAGUCAUGAGAGGAACUGUUGGGCCUACCAGUGGUGACCAGGAAAAAGAAUUCAAACUCCAAGUCUCAAGAGAAAUGACAAGGUUGACUGGGAGAAUCCUUCACCCUCCCAAACUAAAGCUUGGAGAUGGAGGUCAUGUGAGAAACCUGACUCCUUCGCGUCACGAUCGCCAAUGGAACCUUCUUGAUGGCCAUGUCUUUGAAGGAACUACAAUUGAAAGGUGGGCACUAAUUAGUUUUGGGGGCACACCUGAGCAGAAAUCCUAUAUCCCCAGAUUCAUAAACCAGUUAUCACAAAGGUGUGAACAAUUGGGCAUUUUUCUCAACAAGAACACAAUUAUUAGCCCCCAGUUUGAGUCAAGCCAGAUUCUUAACAAUGUCACCCUUUUGGAAUCCAAGCUCAAGAGAAUACAGAGGACUGCCUCAAACAAUCUCCAGCUUCUUAUUUGCAUAAUGGAGAGAAAACACAAAGGGUAUGCAGACUUAAAACGAAUUGCUGAGACAAGUGUUGGUGUUGUAAGCCAAUGCUGCCUGUACCCCAAUCUCAGCAAGUUGAGUUCACAAUUUUUGGCUAAUUUGGCCCUCAAAAUCAAUGCCAAAGUUGGUGGAUGCACUGUUGCCUUGUACAACUCACUGCCUUCGCAAAUACCACGCCUCUUUCAUAUCGAUGAGCCGGUGAUAUUCAUGGGUGCAGAUGUGACACAUCCUCACCCUCUUGAUGAUUUCAGUCCAUCUGUUGCUGCUGUGGUUGGUAGCAUGAAUUGGCCAACAGCAAACAAGUACAUUUCAAGAAUAAGGUCUCAAACACAUAGGCAAGAAAUCAUCCAGGAUCUUGGUGCAAUGGUGGGGGAAUUGCUUGAUGAUUUUUACCAAGAGGUAGAGAAACUCCCCAACAGAAUCAUUUUCUUCAGAGAUGGGGUUAGUGAAACUCAGUUUUACAAAGUGCUUCAAGAGGAGCUACAAUCCAUCAGGUGUGCAUGUUCAAAGUUUCCUGAUUAUAAGCCUUUCAUUACUUUUGCAGUUGUGCAAAAGAGGCAUCACACGAGGCUGUUUCCCUUCGAAACUGACCGGUCUUCAACUCAAAACCAAAACCAUUUUCUAUAUGAAAACAUUCCUCCAGGGACUGUGGUUGAUUCUGUGAUCACUCAUCCAAAGGAAUUUGAUUUCUAUCUCUGUAGCCAUUGGGGUGUGAAAGGAACUAGUAGGCCAACUCACUACCAUGUCUUGUGGGAUGAAAACCAGUUUACUUCUGAUGAACUUCAGAAAUUGGUUUACAAUUUAUGCUACACUUUUGUUAGGUGUACCAAGCCAAUUUCUUUGGUUCCUCCUGCAUAUUAUGCACAUUUAGCUGCUUAUAGAGGCAGACUCUACCUUGAGAGAUCAGAGUCAUUAGGUUUGUUCAGAAGUACAUCUACUUUAUCCAGAGCUGCUCCUCCAAAGACAGCACCACUUCCUAAACUUAGUGAAAACAUCAAGAAGCUCAUGUUCUACUGCUAGCGACAACUCUUCUGCCAAUGCCAUUUAAUUUCUAGAUAGUUUAUUUAAAUCACAUGUAAUCAGUAGAUAUAGCAUGUGAAGGAAAAAUAUUAGUGGAGCAUAAAAAAUUGGAAACAUGCAAUCUUUGCUUUAUAAUUAUCAAACCAAAAAGUUCUCCAUUUUAAA